UUUUUUUUUUUUUUUUUAAAGUGAUUUGUCGUGCGUUUCGUUAGUGCUGCGGGUUUACAAGUGCCUCGGUGGACGAGAAGAUAAAAAUGGAGGAAACGAGUUCAAGCGAUCCGGGCCUUGAAAAGCCAAAAAAACAAAUGAAAACAGAAGAGCCGAGAGUACCCGACUAUGCAAUGCCUUAGUGAGAUAUGCCCGGAUGCAGCGGGCCCCUGUCCAAUAGCAUCACCGCCGCAUCCAUGACGGGCUCGACGGAGCUGGGGCCCAUUCAGCCCCAGCAAGACUCGGUGCCCCUACUGGACGAUCGACUUUUUGUUGACUUUAAUCGACCGCCGUCCAAACCGUUGCGACUUUCCCAUCGGUUUCCACCAUCCACGCCAAUGACGCAACGGCGUGGCUCGGUGUCCCACUCCGGAGUUCAGCUCACGCCACUUUGGGAAUACGUUGUGCGAACCAAAAAAUUCCCAAAGGAUACAAACGUCGAGGCAGUCUUCGACGAAAUCCUGGAGCGGCUACGUGACCCUGAGUGGGAGAGCUGA